AUGAUGGCAGACUCACCAAUGAGGGCGCGGUCACUUGCCAAUGUUUUGAGCACUCUCCUAGCUCAGCAGCAUCCCCUCUCCGUGCAGGAAAUCGAGGACAUUCAACGCGAGCUUUCAACAGCGUUGACGCAUCCAGACCGGCUCCUUAAGCUGAACGAAGCCUCCAACAAAAUCGUCGAGUCUUACAAGCCUAGUUCGACAGACGACAACACUGCCAACAUUCUGCAAGUAUUUCUGGAAUUUCUCUCCAAGCAUGGACAACUGGCGUUGAUGCUUGACAUCGAGACUAUUGGCCGAGAUGACGCCAAACUCAAGCUCCUGGCAAAGCGUUUAGUUGACGCCAUCUUGAAGCCCAACGUUAUCGCCGACUCAUCGACUCAACUUAAACCCUUAAACGGACGCAGCCUGGAGACCAUGAAGGCGCACUGCCUGCAGCGCGAUGGCUUUCGCUGCGCCUAUAGCCAUAUAUUCGAUCGCCGAAGCGCUUUCGACAAAAAGAUUGUCCCGCCUGCUGAUGCGUUUGUGCAAGGGACACAUCUCACGCACAUUCUUCCGCUCGGCCUUGGAAAGUUCAAUAAUGCGGAUGGAAGGCAGAAGGAAGCAAGCGAUGUUUUAUGGUUCGCGUUAUACCGCUAUUUCCCAGGCUUGAAGGGGAAAUUUGACCCGGAAACCCUGAAUCAAUACCAAAACUUGGUCACCUUUGCUAUCGGCGUUCAUGCUACAUUUGAUGGUUACUUCAUCGCCUUCGACCCCCUCCCUCAGCAAAUGCAUCGCUACGAGAUCAAGUGGUUUACACCCUGGCCAAUAGGUGGGGCUACGCCCCCUCAAGGACAUCAAGAUGUUAUGACACUGUCUUCAAAAGAUCCACGGUAUCCUCUCCCGGACCCUGAGUUUUUUAGAGCUCACUGCCAAGUGUCGGCGAUUCUUGAAGCAAGUGGAAUCGGACACCUGAUUGAUGCGGAGCUGGGAGCUGCUGAGGAGGACCCUGAAAACUUAGAUCCCAAUGGCUCAACUGAUGUUGGGUCCAUCUUACGCCGGAGAAUGCUAAUGGAUGUUUAG